GGGCGCGCUCGUUUUAAGUCCCCUGGCAUCUCUUUGCCCUCACAUGGUGGACGAUCCUCGUGCAAACAGCUGUUCAUGUCACUGAGGCGGGGUAGAUCCAGUAAAUCAAGCGCUCUACUGUGGUUUUAUCCCCGCCCGCAGGGGAGGCCAGCAGACACAAUCGAGUAUCUCCAACCCACUGACCGGCGGGCGGCCCAGGGUUACAAAACAAGCCCCGACAGCGAGUCCCCAGCAGCCAACACUCCGAGAGCUAACCGGAGCAGCGCGAAAGCUAAGUAGCUAACUUGAAAUGGCGACGGCGAUAUAUCUGGAACAUUAUCUUGACAGUAUUGAAAACUUACCAUGUGAGCUACAGAGAAAUUUUACUUUGAUGCGGGACCUGGACAAUAGGACAGAAGAAAAGAAAGGAGAGAUUGACAAACUGGCUCAAGAGUACAUAGUGAAUGUGAAGAACUUGGCAUCAGAACAAAGAGUGGAACAUCUGCAGAAGAUCCAAAACGCCUACAGCAAGUGCAAAGAAUUCAGCGAUGACAAAGUCCAGCUCGCAAUGCAGACAUAUGAAAUGGUGGACAAACAUAUCUGCAGACUGGAUGCCGAUCUGGCACGGUUCGAGAACGAGCUAAAGGAGAAACUGGAAGUGAGCGGCUAUGAAAGUGCAGAGGGAAGAGCACUGAAAAAAGGUGAUUCCAAGGGACUAAGAGAGAAACGUGCAUCCAGGGGAAGGGGAAGGAAAACUUCUGAUGAAGAUUCUCCCAAGAAGAAAAAGAUGAAAAACAGCCCAGACUUGAGCGAUGCUCUCCUGCCCAUGCAGCCGUCAGACGUUUUGGACAUGCCAGUCGAUCCCAAUGAGCCGACUUACUGCCUGUGCCAUCAGGUGUCGUAUGGGGAGAUGAUUGGAUGCGAUAACCCAGAUUGUCCAAUUGAGUGGUUUCACUUCGCUUGUGUUGAUCUCGCCACAAAACCCAAAGGAAAAUGGUUUUGUCCAAGAUGCACCCAAGACAAGAAGAAAAAAUGAGAUUUUUUAUUUUCAGAAAAACAGAAAUAAUGUAUGUAUUUUUUUGUAGAUUAAUAGUGUAAUAUAUAUAUUUUACCUUCUAUCAAUCUCCAUAGAAAUGUCGAGUCAUACAUCUUGUUUUUAAAAGCCCAAUCCGGAUUUGGAGUAUCGCUACACUUGUGGCAACAUCAUCCCAGCCUCUACUGGCUUUACUUUGUUUGUUCUACUGGUUUUUAAGAAGAUUCUUUUUUCCAUUAGCUUUCAAAUAAUUAAUUCACCUACAGUAUGUAUUUUUUGUGUACUUUGGGUACAUUGGUCUGGAUAGUGUAGUUCAAAUGCUCAAAUCAUUGCCAAUCAAACUCAUUUUCAUUAAGUCAUAUACUAUAUACAUAUAUAUUGUCAUUACCAACAUACUCAGAAAUCCUGGAUUGUGGCUUUAGUAUACUUGAACUGUCAAUUUUAUAAAUAACUAUUUUUAAAUACAUUAACAGCCUGCUGAGAAUAUAGUUCUAAACGCCUAAAUCCACAGAAAUAAUGGUGGUAAAAGGAAUUAUGUGUCCGAUUUUCUGUUACUACCUCCUUAGGGAAUACAUCAGCACCGCAUCAAUGACUGCAAUUAAUACUGAUGUAAGAAAUUGUGUUUUUAAUUAGCUUAAACCAAACAAGCAAAGCAAUGUAAAUUAAUUCUUUACUUAUUUUCGAAAAAAUCUGCGACAUUUUUGAAUGUAUUGUGGUACUAAUGGUCAGUCGGUCAGUGUCUUUUGUCAGCUGAAUGAGGUAUUUAAGCACUUUGAAUGAAAUUUCCCCUGAAGAGGUUUGAUACUGCAGGCUUGGUUUCUCAUCUAAAACUUGGCCAUAGUACAUCGCUUCAAACCAUAUAUGGAAAUCUAUACAUAUACCCUAAAAUAUAUAUACAUAUAUAUAUUUUGUAUGAUAUGAAACUAUUUUAUGGAAGCUGUGUUUUUUCCAAAGAUAUAUUUGUUGUAUUACUUAUAGGUGAACACUCAAAUUUUAUUUAAUAGGAUUUUAGCAUCUUCUUUCAUAUUCUACUGUGAAUAUCCCUCAUUUAGAUGUAAGCCACAAAUAAAAGAGCCAAAGUCUUUGUAUUUUGUAAAAUUCAGUAUUUUAUACCAAAUAAAUAUUCACUAUUA